AUUCGGCCCUAGCUUUUGGAGGUGCUCGGAGCGUGCACUCAAAAACAGUGCAUUGCUAACUAAAAUAAAAAUUACUUUUCAACAUAACAUUUUUCUCAAAUCUUAAAACAAACAAAUUAAAAAAAUAAAUAAAAAUACAAAACGGAAAUUUAAAAAUAAAAACACAAAAUUAAUGCAAAAAAGAACUUUUGGAAUUGCAAGAUAGUUGUAAAAAAGAAAUAAGAAAAUCCGCGGAAAAUCUGCGACGCGACAGUUUUCUUGUGAAGUGCAAGUGCGAAGAAACUUUGAAUGCAAAAAAGGAACAUUUUCUUCUUUAGUUUUCUUCAUCUUAUUAAAUUAAAUUGAAAGUGUUGCAGUUUUUUUGUUUUCUUGGAGUUGCCGGAGGGGCAUCAACAACACACACCUGAUCUUUAUGGAGAAAUCCUCAGGAGAUUUAAGAAAUCGCUCUCGUGGAUGGAACUUCAAGUGUGACCAAUUUUGCGACUCAGUCGCGCGGGAUUUUUGAACAGAAAAAAAAGGAUCUUCUUCAUUGGAGAUUCAAGAACAAUUCCGUGAGAAUUAUUUUUACUUCUGCUGGAAUUUCGUGUGCGAAUUUUUUUUUCUUUAUCAAAAAGCUUCAAGAAAAAAAAAUUAUCUCUCGCGAGUUGGUGACAAAAUCGCAUUGUUGCGGAGAAACAAACAUAGUGAAUGAUUUGUUUGAUGAAGAAUUGCGAAUAAAGUGCUCAGAAAGAAGAGGGGGUGUCAACAUCUAAAAAGGAAGAGAGAAGAAAACUGCUAAAUUGAGGAAAAGUCAGAGGAGAAGAAGGGAGGAAGAAAAAACUCGAGAAAAGUGGUAGUUCAUGACCGUUUUGUGAGAAAACUUUGAGGAAAAAUUGAUUUUUUACGGUCAUUGUUUUAAAGCCUCAAACGAAGGUGUCCAAAUAAAAAGUGUUGUGUGGUGGUGCUUCGAUGGGCUGAAAAGCAAAGUGAAUCGAGGAAAAUUUUAUCGAUUCCCACGACAGAAAAUAACAGGGGGUAGGCACCUCAUCUCACAGAAAUUACAACAACAAAACUAACCCCCGUGGCACCCCGAAGGAGGUUCUCGUGACAGUUGCAGCGGGUAUUUUUUUGGCAGGAAGGGUAGUAGCCAGGCAACCCCUUAAUGUUCAAUAGGGGAUGUAUUGAUUCCACUGCAAUCGACGAUAAAAAAUUUUGGACAAAACUCAACAAAAAAUAAAUAAUAAAAAAUCAAGCCCACGCUCUUUUGCACGGAACGAUGGAACUUUUGGAAGUGAAGCAAAAUUAUUUGUAAACAAAUUUGUGGCACUUUUUUGAUGACAUUUUGAAGAACGUUCAACGAAGGAAAAUUUCAUUGUGAAAAACGAACAUUUUUGGAACAUAUAGAGAAAAAAUCAAGUGUGUGAAAAUUGUCGAAAAGCUCAUUUUUUUCUUGUAAAAGUCGAAGCAGAAAUUCAGGCCAUCGCCAUGGACCCACAUCAGCAGUUUUGCCUCAAAUGGAACAGCUACUCGUCCAAUUUGGCGCUUACCUUCUCGAAUUACUUCAAAUCCGAGAGUUUGGCCGAUGUGACGCUCUUCUGUGGAGGAACAAUCUUUAAGGCACACAGACUAAUUCUGGCCGCAUGUUCGAAGCACUUUGCCGAUCUUUUCCAAACAGCCCCAAUCAAUGGGUCAUGCUGCGUGAUCUUGGAGGCCACAUCGGCGGAAAAUAUGUCAGCAUUGUUGGAAUUUAUGUACAAAGGGGAAGUUCAUGUGUCGCAGGAAUCACUAAAUAGCUUCCUCAAGGCGGCAGAGAGUCUGCAGGUGAAGGGCCUGUCGACGGAGCAUGGAAGAUUGGCAGCAGCUCCAUCAAGUGGGGUGCACGAUGUACCACUGGAGUCACCAACGGGUAGUUCUAGUCGACGACAGGGUAGAGGAAGUCUCAGCGGGUCUGGGAAUCUGGGACACACAGGGAUAAAACAGGAAUGCGAUUCACUUAUGCAUCCCAGUAGUGCAGGUUUAGCGGGAUUCCAUUCCUACAUCUCGCCAAUGUACCGUCCCCUGCCAUACGACCCACCAAGGAAGAGACCCCUGCGGAGUCCCUACAUCGAACAGGAGGCCCGAGGAAGUGUCCUCAGAGAUGGCUCUAAAGGUAGUGCCGGCAAUGCAAGUCCCAUAAGCAAGGGGUACAGACCUGGGAGCAGUGCUUCAUCAUCGGCACCCACCGAAGCUGAUGCUUUGCAAACAGAAAGAACAUCACCGCAGCAAUCAAGCAGAUAUGAGAAUCACAGCCCACCAAGCACAACAGCAGGAAACGGAAACACCCCAACGGCGAUUGCUGACCGAAGCGAGAGGAGUGAGCGGAAUGGAGGAAAUGCGACGGACCCCAUCGAUGAUGAUAAGGAUGAACGAGAUUCGAACGAUGCCGGUGCUGAGGAUUUGAGGGUAAAAAAUGAAAUUGACUACUCACCCCCGCCGCCGACGCUCAGCACAAAUGCCCCGCCGACGCCCACAACGCCCGUCACCUUCGUAAGCGCAAAGGGUACCACAGAAACCAUCGAUGGUGGCCUCCCCGGUGGACUUGCCUCGCAGAUCGCUACCGCAGACAUGCUCAACGUUUGGACGGCCUCAAAGCUGGCCAACAAGGGUGGAAGUGUCAAUACGGCUGAUGGUAAAAAACUAAAAUGUCCAUUCUGUGAACGACUCUACGGCUAUGAAACAAACCUGCGAGCCCACAUUCGACAACGCCAUCAAGGUAUCCGUGUCCCAUGUCCCUACUGCACGCGAACCUUCACGCGGAAUAAUACGGUGCGAAGACAUAUCGCCCGAGAGCACAAGCAUGAACAGUACAACAUAAACAGCAUAAAGUACGACCAGCACCAGAUGAGUCAGUUGCAGAGUCACACACAGUAGACCCAACUGAGGUCAUCUCAAGCCCAAAAGAGACAAAACUGAGGCUCCCAUCAGAACUAUAUCUUCAUGCUGAAGGUAGGGCAAGUCGCGGUAAAGUUAAACACAAAAAAUGAAAAUAAUGAAAAUGGGCUGUUUUGAGAAAUUUUUGCUACACAAACUCUUUUGCUGUGAUCUGCAAUGAGAUUCUAUUGCGAUUUCUUCCAGAAUUUAUUUAUUUACUUCCUCCCCCCAAGAACACAAGUUAUAAACACAAACCAAAUGCAAGUUACCCCCACAAGCAUAAUCCCAAAAAGAAAUAAAUAGAAGAAUUAUAGUUACCGCCCUCUAAAUUGAGGGAUAUUGAUACAACCCCUUCCCAGUUAUUAAGAAAAAAACACAAAGAAAGACAUAAACUUAUACGAGAUCACACUUCCAAAUGAUCACCGCAAGUGUCGUUAAAUAAAAAAAAAAGAGACAAAGUGAAAGAAUAUUUUUAUUGAAUCAUAAACUCAAUUUGUGUACAUAGUGUACAAUUUUAUAAAGAAAAAAAUGAGGAUUAAAAACGUGGAGAUCAUAGAUACUGUAAUUUUGCAAUAAUUAAUUGACAUAUAGAGAACAGCGUUAAUAAAUUAUUCUAAUAUUAAAUUAAUAUAUUGAUAUAAAUGGAUAGUAAUAUAUUGCUACUUAUUGAACUCAGAGUACCUGCUACAAACCAAGUUUUAUUGUCUUCAAUUUUUUUCUCUCUUUUCAAUUUUUAAACAAAAUUCUAUGCUUCGUUUUUCUUUUCAAUUGAUUUGAAUUUUAAAAAAUCUGUACUUUUUUUCACUCAAAUCAUAAAAAGUAAUUAGUCUUCUGAUCAGUGAAUUAGUCCUUUGUUCUGGAUCAUUUUCCAAAUUCAUUUCUCCUGAGCAAAAAAGCAAGUUUUCCUGAUCAAAAGUUAAGAUUUAUUAAUGAAUUUUCCUAAUAAGGGACAUUUUUUUUAUAUACCUACCUAUCUGAAAGCCCUCGACCGUUACAAUAUAUUUUUCUGUUAAUUUAAUUUUAUUUUUUUUUAAAGAAAAUAAAGGAGAAUAAAAACAAUUUAAAUGUACAAAACAUAAUCAAUCAAGUGCUUUUAUCUGAGCCAUAUUUCAAUGGGAAAUUAAUUUUUGUGUUUUUAUUAAAAAUGGAAUAUUUUUAGCAAAAUGGAAGAUCACAACAAUAGAUCAAAUAGGAUUAUAAUUAAAAAGAAAAAAACAUAGAAAUAAAGAAACUUAAAUGAGAUGCCACAAUUUUACACAUAAAAAAAUCAAAAAAAAAAAAAAAGAAAAUAGAGCUGCCCAUUGAAUUUCCUUUCCGAUUGCGGCAAAAUAAACAAAACUGGAUGACUUUUCAUAACUGCCAAAACUCAGUGAGACGAUUUUUUCAAUGCAAUAAUACGUAAAAGAUAAUUUUUUAAAUUUUAAAUAGACAAUGAUUAAAAAUAAAUGGAUAAUUGAAACAAACCGGUGCCUCCCAGAAACAAUUUGUAAUAAUUAAAAUGCAAAUUGAAACUUAAAGUCGUGAAAUUCAAUUUACCUGAAUAUCCUACGGAAUCUCAUUGCAUUUUGCGAUCACAUCAUGAGGGGUGGUGGUGAGUUUUUCUCACAAUAAAAGCAAAUGAAAGGAAGAAAAGGAAGAGAGUGGUAUGAAUUUUUUGAUAAUAAAAUUAUCACUGAAAGAAAAAAAAGUAAUGAAAGCUGUUGGGGCAAUUUAAGUCCAUUAAUACAGAUAAUAUAUAAUGACUUAGUACUGUAAUGUCGAUGAAUGUAAGUAUAUUGGACGAUAUAGUAUCGUCCCAUGGAGAUGAUUCCUUCCACUCAAGAUUGAGGAAAGGAAUCAGAGAGAGAGAGAAGAAAUAAUUUUUUUUACAAAGAAAAAAUUAUGAAAAUCAACCACGCAAUUCUUGCUAGUAAAGAAAGUUACCGAGUUUUAUAUUUUUCCUUUGAAAAAAUAUAAAAAAAAAGAAAUCGAAGAAUUUUUCCUUCGACAAGAUGAAUUUUAAUAAAUUUAAUGAAGAAAAAAAUUAACCAGAAAUAUAGUGUUAUGCAAAGUGAAAGAAAACAUUAAUUGCAAUAGUUACAAACAAAUUUAAUUAAAAAAGGAACGGAUACAUGAACAGGGUGAUAAUUUAUUGAAAUAAAACGUGAAAUAAUGUUAAUUUAUUGAAUGAAAAAAAAUGAAGAUACCAUUUACUAUUAAUUAUUAUGAUUAUUAUUUUUUUUUAUAAAGGUGACGCAACAAAGAGUUUUUUGUUCUCACAACGCCCAAUGCAUAAUACGAUGAAUUUUCACAGCUCACACGAUAACUAUGAGACAAAUAAAUAAACGUGAAAAUGUCGAUGAAAAAAGUAAAAAAAAAAAAUACAAUAAAAAUAUCCCAGUAAAUUUCUGUGAUCUUAGACGUUCCCAACUGUGCUUGCGAAUGUUUAACAUUCAGCAGCAUGGAACGUCAACAUAACUUCUAUUUAAUUGCUACAAUUUAUUUUAUUUUAUAUUUUUUGUGUCAAUUAAGAAAGAUAAUUAACUAUUACUUAUGAAAGAAAAAUAUUUAAAUUAAAUGAUAGUACGGAGAAAAUUGUUUUGUGCACCUCUGAUGCAAAUUUCUCAUAUUUUCUUUUCACUUCUUUUUUCUCCUUUUAUUUUUUUUUGUACAAAGUACAAAAUGCAUCAGAGAACACGAAUUUUUUUUUUAAUAAAUUAUAGUUUAACUUUCCGAUUUUUAAGUUUCUUUAAUUAAAAAAAAAACAAUACAGAUUACAAUUGACUCAAAUACCUCAAAUAUAAGACGCUGUAAUAUUAUAAAUAGUUUUUCUUUUCUCAACGGAGAAAAUUUUUCAUUUACCAACUACCUCAUUUUUUUAAGUGUUUUCUACAAAGACAUGUUUUUUUUUGUAAUGUUUAAUGCAAACAAACUACCCUCAACGCAAUAGAGACUCAUAAAAAUAAACAUAAUCAAAGGUUUUUUAGAUGAAUCAUACACAUUCCUUUCUUUGUUAAAUUUUUAUCUACAUAUAAUAUAAAACCCUCCCUCCACCCUCUGAAAUAACCUUCCUCAUUAACAAAGUUGAAAUAGAAUUUAUCAAGUGAACUGUUUUGCAAUAUUUUUAACUCAACAUAAUAGACAGGAAAAGCUCAUGCUUUUUAACACACAUACUGUUACGUAAAAGCCUUACGCCGUGAAGAAUGAAGCAAAAAAAAUAAAGAAAAAACGUGUAGAUCAUCUAAUCCACCAAAAGACAGCAAAAUGUCCUUAAUUUAAUUUUAUUAAUUGCACGAAUGGAUUAUUGAAUUUAAAAAAAAUAAAAAAGGUACUGUGAGUGUAUGACAAAGUCAUUGAUUUUGAAAAGAAAAUUAUAAUUUUUCGGCUUAAAAAAAUGGAAAACUUUCAUGCAAAAAAUGCAAAAUAAGAAAUCAGUGGAAAUUUCUUUUGGGAUAUAAAAAAUUGCAAAAACUCGGUAAGAAAAAUAAUGAAGAUAAAAUAAAUGUCAUGUGAGAAGCAAAGAGGAUGGAUAUUAAAAAAAAGAAAUGGUGACAAGUUAAAAUUAUAUAAUCAUAAAUGGCGGGAAAAGAAUAAAAAUAUGUAAAUAACAGAAAGUAUAAGAGAAAAAAAUUAAUGGAUUUUAGGCUAAAAAAUGGGCGUAAAAAUAAUAGCUAGGAAUUUGUAAAAAAAAAAAACUAAAUAUGAUGGAAAAAAUCUAGCACUAUGUCCGGAAAUGUUUGGAAUAUAAAAAUAUGAUGAAAAAAUGUUUAGGCUAAAAAUUUUUAGGUAAAAAAGAGCAUAGUUUAUUCCAUAGUGAGCACAUUUCUAUGUUAUUUCAUUAUUUUUUGGUUAAAAAAAAAUUAAACGAUAUGCUUCUCGUUUUUAUUUCGGAAAUUGUGUCGCCAUUUUGCUUUUUAAAUUCGAAAGGAGAAAGAGGUAUGAUAGAGAAAUUAUUGAUAAAAAAAAUAUAUUGAAAAUGGAAAUUGGAAAAUGAAGAAAUAUUCCACGUAAAAUUAAAAUAGUUCUUUAUUCAGGAAAUUGAUUUUUUUCUGUUAAAAAUUGCAAAAUCAAUUAUAGCAAAAGAAAAGCAAUUUUCUGAAUAAGGUCCUUAAAUAUAAAAUAAGCUAACGAAUUUGUUUAUUGUGCUUUUAAAAUUUAUUUCCCAAAUUAUGAUUCAUGUUUUAUUUUUUUCUAUAUUCUUUUUUUAUUUCCUUUAACCAUUUCCUUUAUAUGAAAAAAAAAGUCUAAUAAGGACUAAAUUGAAAAAAAAUCGUUAUUUCCUUGUUACUUUUCACGUUAUGUUAAAUUUUUGCAAUUUAUCUAAAUUUAUUCUUAUAAAAAUUAAAUACAUUUCGGAUUCUUUGGUACGAAUGAAUGGAAAAAAUAUGUGAGUGUUUGGUUGCAAAAAAAUAAUCCCUAAAUAUAAAUAUUUGGCAUAUUCUUUUCUCAAAAUUCUUUAAGAAAAAUCAUCAAGGCAAAAAAAUUGGAAAUCCAUAAUAUUUCAAUUUAUUUUUUGAUUUAUUUUCAAUAUACUUCCAUGAAAUCCAUAACAGUAGCAUUGUUCUCAUCCACCACUCCCCCUGCAAUCCAUUACACAUCCACCUCCCAAUACCCUCCCAGUAAUAUGUAAUUGUAUAUUUUAUAAGAUGAAAAAAUAUAACUAUAAACUCAACUAGUCACACGUGCAACACACUCAGGUACAACACAAAAGAUAAUUCUGUUUUAUUUCUCUUAUUUAAGGCAAAAUUAUAAUGAUGAAAAAAUAUAUCAAAAAUGCAACAUAAAAAAAAUCUGAAAUUAACACAGAAAUAAUUUGGUAAGGAAAAAAUAAUAUAUAUUUUAGAAAAUAGUAGAGAAAAAACUAACAUUAAUCUGUCAUUUUUACUAUAUCUUUAUCACACUUUCCUCCUAAAUAUCUAAUUAAAAAAAACUAAUAUGCAAAAGAGGUUUUAGAAUCACAAUGAUAAGAAAAAUCUUUUCCAUGUAAAUAGCAUAAAUGGUCUUAUGUUUAAUCAAAAUAUCCGUUAAACACUGACCCACAACUCUGUGCCAAACUCACACAAUAGUAAAUGAAACACUGUUUCUUUUUCUUUAAUAAAUACCUACAUUUUAAUCAUCCCUCCCUCUCCCAUAAAAUAUACCCUUUAUGACCUACUUUAGGUUUUCUUUAUAGCUCCUAUCACAGUGAUAGGAAAUUGAUUUUCACAAGCAAAAGAAAUAGUUCUUAGAAAGGCACUUGCAGUGGCAAUAGAAUCUCCAUAGAAAAUGUGCUAUUUUAUGUAGCAACAUUCAGUAUAUAGGUUCAAUAGCAUGAAAAAUAAGCAUAAAAGAAAAUUAAUGAAAAAUGCUUCCAGAAGAAUUUCCAAGCAGAGUAAAAAUCCCCAAAGUUAGCGUUGCUGUUAAUCAUUUUUAAAUAUAAAUGAAAUAGAAUUAUUAAAAGAAAAAUAAUGUUGUUGUGUAUAAAUAUGAAUAUUCUAUUAAUUGUUCUGCAUAUUUUUGCAAUCGUCUCUUUUCUUUUUCAUUUUCCUUUUCACCAUCAAGUCGUAAUAAUAUUAAAAUAGAAAUGAAGAAAAAAAAACAAGAAUGUUAUUUUAUUAAUGAAGCAAUCAAUAGGCAUUGUAUGUAAAUAGAGAAAAUAUUUUCUUUUUUCUGUUAUGAAGCAAACACAAAUGCAAAAGGCUGCACUUAAUUUAUUUCCACUGUAAGUUGCCUCCGUCAAUAGCAAAGUCAAAUAGUCAGAUUAGCAAUAGUUCUUUAUAAAUCUCUAUAUGGUUUCAUUCAGUGAGGAUUUUUUGAGGAUUUAAACGAUGAUUAAUCUGAUAGAUUUUAGGUUUAGUUAGCAAUGUAAGCCUCCUUCUGUCAGAAGUAAAAAAAAUCAUUGAAGCUCAAUAAUUUAAUGGAAAGUUUUAUUGGGGAAAAUUUAACUGAAUCUUUUAGUUAAAUUUAAAUCCCAAAGAACUGUGAGAAGGUAUCGAAGGUCCUUAAGAAUUCUCAACAUUUCAAAACCUUUUAAUAAUAUUCUGCAUCCAUAAAAUCCUCACUGAAAAAUAUCCCUUUCCACAGAAAAGCUCACCACCCUUAAACCAACUGUAAACAUUCUUAAUAGAAAAUCAAAACUGAACCGAUCAGUCUCCCUGUCAGUAUUUUUGUUGUUUUUUUUCAUUUUCAAUUUAGUCACAUUUCCCAGCAUGAAAAUAUGUAAAAAAUGCACAACAAAUUGAUUAAAACAAACCCCAAUAGUCUGUUUCAUAGUGCCGGAUAUCUGUUGAUAUCCAAAAGAAAUAAAAAAAACAAAUAAACUUCCGUAACCUCAUGAAAUUGAAACAAAAACUUACAGAUCCUUGAUGAAAAUAAUGCAAUUGAGGAAAAGAAAUAUUUUUUUAAGCUUUUCUUAAAUCUUUAUUCAGUGAAAAAUUUAAUUUUUAACCGCCCUAUUAAAAUUGAAAAUAUUGUUCAAUUUAAGUUGAUAAAUCAAUAAUAUAAAAAUCAAAGAAAUCUCUUAAAGUUUAUCAAGGAAAAGUCCAGAUUUUUAAAAGGAUUUUUUAUAAUAAAUACUUCUUAAAUACCAGAUUGCGUUAUUUUUAGCAUGGAUCUGUAAAUAGUGAAAAAUACGCAAUAGGAACUGAUUUCAAGUAUAUAUACCACCCUCGCCAUUUUUUAUAAAAAUACUUAUUGAAGUAAAAAAGAACAAUUAGAGGAUUUAGAAGAUUUUUCUAUUAAAAAAAAAUAGUAAGGAAUAUUUUUCUUUAAAUAAAUAAAUUGAUAAAAAUAUUACAGACUCUUCAACUAAAAAAAAACUAUAUUACUAUAUUACAAAAUAUAUUGCAUAUUGCCGUAUACUGAAUCUAUAUACUUUUAUUAUCUACUGUAAUAUUUGUAAUAUUGUAUAAAAAUAUUUACAAUAUCUCUUAAAGUAAAAGAAGGUAAAAGAAAAGUAAUUGAGAAAAAUCAUAAGUAAAAAAAAAAAUAAAUUGAAUAUAUUGUGGAAGAGAAUACCAUUGUGAGCCAUUAAACUAACAAGAAAUAAUAGCCAUGUGAGAGAAAUAGAUUAAAGAAAAAUAAAACACAAGAGAUAUUUUUUACAAAGUAUAUUUUUUCAGUACCCAUUUACAGUACUGUGACAGUUUUAUUUGUAAUUUUCACAUUAUUGUUUUUCUUUUUUAUAAAUAACACAACAAUCACAUACCAACAGUUGAUGCUUUUUAUUUUAAAAAAAAUAGAGAGAAAUAAACAUUUUUUACAGGAACAGAAUGAAAAACAAUAGCAAAAUAGAGCAGAUAUUUUAUUUUAUUUUUCAAUAGUGUUACAAAAAUGUCUAUAUAACCAAUGUUACAGCAAAAAAAAACUUAUUCUCUUUUGCACUGUAAAUAGAUCUGAAUUUUUUUACGAGAAAAUAAUAAAAGAAAUAGUUGCAAUAUAAUGCCUAAAUGGAAUUUUGUAAAAAGAAAAAUAAAGAAAAAUCAAGUUCAAUGUGAAUAUUUCUUCCAUAACAAGAAAAGAAUGUUGCUAAAAGAUAAAAUUAGAUUUUUUUUGAAAAUAAAAAAAUAUGUAUAAAAUACACCAGACGCAAUAGGUUAAUAGUACAAUAGAGGAGUUUUUCAGAUUAAAAAAAAAUCUUUGUAAAUGUUAGAAUAAAAAAAAAGAAAAAAAAUAAUUCGGCUCCAAAAGGAGUUACGUGAAAAGUGUUGGACACUUCUAAAUUGUGUUUUUGAGCCAAAUUUUUGAUUAAAUCAUAUCUUAAUAGCAAGAAAAAAAAGUGAAAAAAUAUUUCUUUUAGGUUUUUAGAAUUUAAUUUUGUCGUAAUGACACAAAAAAAUUAUUUUUUGAUUUUAUGUUUGUAGAAUUUGGCGGAGAAUUUGUGGUGAAUUUAAUUAGUUACACCAACUAAUUGCAAAUAAAUGUAUAGGUUAAGCUAUACGCUAAAAAAACGAAUUAAAACCAAUUACACAAAGAUUAGGAUUAGGAAUAAUUUGAUGGAAAAUUUUUAAAAGAAAAACAUCAUGCAAAUUCUUUGUCAUAAAAAAAAACAAAUCACAAAUCUAACGAUUUAUCUUACAAUAGAAUAAUGCAUCCUUUCUAUCUCAGGGACUGCAAUUAAUAACAAAAAACAAACAAUGCAAUAGUAUUACUACAAGGUCGAGAAACUUUUGACUUUUUGUACCCGAACUACCUCAAUAACGUAAAAAAAAUACACCAACAUUUUAUACAGUAAAAAACUCGGAGGAGUAUAAAACUCAAAAAAGUAUACCCUUAUUUUUAAAUAAAAAAAAAUGAAUGAUUUUACUAUGAAGAAAAUUAAAGUGUGGAAAAUGAAUAGAAAUUGUAAUUUUCUAUAAAGAAAUAUUCAAAAAAAAAUUGAGAAAAAAAUCAACAUGUGAAAAUGAAAUAAAAAAAAAUUUAGUUAGAUGAAGUUGAGAGAAUAACGUUUUAAUUUUGAGGAUUUAUUUUUAUGAUUUAUUUUAUGUUGUUCUUAGGAAUUGUAUCUUAUUGUGAAAAGAAACUAUGUUUAUAAUUUUCUCUAUGAAUAAUCUUUUAAAAAAUUUAAAAGGAGAAGAAAUAAUAAGAAAUAACAAAUUGAAA